CAAUGACUACAGUAUGAGUGUAUAGGAGAAUAAUAUAAUAUGGCCGCAACGAAUGACACACCUAAUAAUAUACCUGUCCCGUUAUGGGAUAGUGAAAUUAUUCCGCUGAAGGAUUUCUCUAGUAAAAGACCCGUGCCAGCUCUUGUGAAAGUUGUGAAGGGGAAGUAUAUGAGUAUUGGUGUAUCGAAUUUUUCUCUGCAUAAACAGCACCAGGACGUGUAUAUACAUUCAGUUAAAAUGGGAGUUAAAGUGUUAGCUCAUAGUUUACGACGUGUUGAUGCCACAUCCAGAAGAGGAUUACCUAUAACCAAAUUAGUGCCAAUGGAACAAAGACUUGCUAUACCAAUAGCUUAUCAAGGAUGGUUUGAAGUUGCGUCUGAAGACGGUAAAUCUGCUCGACCCAUUGCAAGUGUGCUGGAAUUAGCGAGACUUUUUCCUCAAAGGUGUUUAGUACGAGAAAAUGUUAGGGCAUAUUUGGCGAAUGGUGAAGGCAAGUUAACGGCUUUUGAUAAAACAAAAAUGAUUCAAGCUGGAGAACAGUUAAAACUUUGUGGUGAUUUGUCGUUCCCAGCCCCGUCUGUAAACACCAAAGUUAAACUUCUACGUUGUGAGGACUCAAAAGGUGAUAGCGUUUACUUGAGCUAUGAUCAAAAAGGUUUGUUUACUCCCAUAGCCGGUGCAAAGGAUGUGACUGGUGUAUUUUCAAUUAAAGAUAUUAUUAAACGUUUCAGACUACCAUUGACGGUUAAAUUGAUACAAGGAAUAAAACCUAAAGUUGAUCCUAGCCGUUUUUCUACUUUAAUUAGACUAGAUUGGGUUUAUACUGAUGAAACAGCCUUUAUAUCACCGUUAGAGAAAAACCAUGUCCGUAUUUUACCUGUUCCUACUGAUACGCCGAUAUAUUUAACAGCACCAUCUAACCACGACGAAAUUAAAGCAAGUGAUGCUUUUAAAAUGACUCUUUCAAGAUGCAAUAAAAUGGUAGCAAACUAUCAUAAUACAAUACAUCUUUUAGUCAAUCUACCCGAAUCUGUGGUUCGUGAUAAACAUCGCUCUAGCUCCAACAUUUUCUCCAGUCCACAAAAACUCAGUGAAUCUCCCCAGUCAAGUAUCAAGAGAUCUAAGAGCCGCGAAGACAUGUUAAUGGAUGAAAUUGAUACACUUUACCAAUAUGUAAGAGAUGGCGGUCCUACUCCAAAAUUAAAAUUAACCUAUGAUUCCGACGAAGAGAGCUAUUGGGAGGAACCAGCUUAUGAACCUUUGGAUGAUUUUCGAGCUCGUGUUAGAGCUAUAGACGCUGGUCAGAAGGUCAGUCAUCAUGCUAAAUAUAAACCAACUGAUCCCAAACGUAUCAAUUUUGAUGCCGAUCCGGACGUCACUGCCAGUGGGAAUAUCUACGGAGUUGUUACCGCAGCACCUGGUUCCUCUAACAGUAAUAGUAAUAAUUCUGACGAACCUCCUCCGUUACCACCACGGCAGUCAGUAGUAAUUGAAAAUGGCACACGAGCAUCACCACCACCCUUACCUCCUCGAGAAUACACUAGAAGCAAAUCAGAACAGCAACUUCAAAUCAGAGAAUCUAUGAAAUCUGCCAAAUCGGGAAGUAAAGGCGUUUCCCCCAAGGGAAAAGAAAAGUUUAUGGGUACUAGUGAUUCUAAUAGUGGUAGUUCUGGGGGACAUAGACAAAAUCUAGGACGUGAUUUUAGAGAUUCGGAUAUAAGUUCUCGAACUAAGGGCUCUAGUGGAGGUUCCCAUAAUGCUAAACAAAGGAUGCAAUUUUUAUAUUUAUAAUACCAAAGUUGUAUUUUGUGAUAUGACAAUUAACUUAAAACGCCACAAUUGCCUUCUAUUCAAAUAUUGCUCACAAAAUGUUGUUGAAGCAAUAUGUGUCAUGUGAAAUCCAUUUUUAAAAAAUGAUGCCAUCAACAGUCAAAUGUUCGAUUGUCUGUCAGUGACACACCAAUAACCACCCCACUUCGAUUUGUCAUAGAAAGUGUGUGAAUCAUUGAGCUCAAUGAUGUGAAUUGAACAAGUGUUUUAAAUAUCAAUAGAGGAAGUCAAAUAGGUAGAAAAUGUGUCAUAGACAGUUGAAGUAUUUAUUUUUCCUCAAUGGAUUUACUGUGAUCUGAAUAAUAUGAGUGAUUUAUAUGACAUACAAUGAUACGCCAUUAGUACACCUUUUUAUUAAAAUAUUUCUAUAAACUAUAAAGUUUUGAAGUGAAACGAAUCUGUGAUGAGGAUAUCUCUAUAUAUUAAUAUAUUCAUGUAUUAUUUAUAAUGUUAUUAAUAUUAUUGAUUAUAUAAAAUUGAAAAUUAGCUGUU